GUAGGUGGGAGGUCAUAUAUGUGUGUGUAUAUAUAUCGCCUCUUUCCCUGCCUCCUGAGCAGCAUCUUGUGCCAGUUCCUCACACCAGCAACAUGAAGCUUGUGAUCUUCGCCUGUCUGGUCGUCGUGGUCGCCGCCGCCCCUCAGGACAAGAUCGUCGAGAUCAUCAGCGACCAGCGAAGUGACUCCGGUGACGGCAACUUCAACUACGCCUUCGAGGCUGAUAACGGCAUCAGCGUGUCGGCCUCGGGCACCCCAGGUGCUGCGGGCCAGGUCAACAUGGAGGGUGUCUUCAGGUUUCCCCUUGACGACGGCACCAUCGCUGAGGUCCGGUAUAUCGCUGAUGAGAACGGCUUCCAGCCCCAGUCCGACCUCAUCCCCAAGGAUCACCCACUCCCCGCUCACGCCCUCCAGCAGAUCCGCUUCGCAGAAGAGCAGCGCGCUAAGGGAGUCGAGUAAGGCUGACAGCGGUGGUGGUGUUCGGUUGGUCAGCAUACAUGACACUGCUUCCUGACAGGGUAGGGGAGUCUCUGUCGGGUGAUGACUCGAAGAGUAGUUAUUCUUCAGGUUCUCCGACUGGAAGACCUUCCUGUUCGACAUGUAAAUAACAGACCGGCUAUUUCACGUGUAACUCAGUUAUCCUUGCUUUAAUAAAUUACUGCAUCUAUUA